AUGUCGAGGCAUCACCUAGGACAGAAACGGAGCUCCAAACUUCUCCGACAGGCCGUCAGUAAGGAGAGAAGACGUGAGAGUUCACCGAACUUCCGACAGGUUUUCCUAGAUGUAGAUACAGAGCCCGGGUACCCGGGACCAGCGCCUCCCGAGGAAAGAAAGAAAGAAUUUUUUGACGUGAAAGAUUUCUCUCAUGUAGAUAAUUAUGUGCGAAAGGCACCACAAGAAACAGGUGAGAGUUAUGAAGCUUUGUUGAAGUACUUGAUCAAUGAAUCGGGUUCUGACUUGGAGAGGAUCCGCGCUUUAUUUUAUUGGCUAAUCCUACAGAAGGUCCCGAUGCUGUUAUGUCAGAAGGAUAUUCCUUCCCCGGAUACUCCAGUCGGUUACCUACACCUGGUUCGGGAACGCAAGGGAAGCUAUUCCGAAAUGUUCACAACUCUUUCCAGAAAAGCUGGUAUCCCUUGUGUGACCAUACAUGGCAUAGCAAAAGGUGUGGCUUAUGAUGUUGGGGAGAAAAUCGACCGUAUCAGAAUGAAGAAUUCAUGGAAUGCUGUUUAUUUGGAGGGAGGCUGGCGCUUCGUUCACCCUUACUGGGCCGCUAUGUCUGCACAAGGUUACAACACUGGACGCUGGACUGUGGUCGAAUGUCCAGAGUUUCACGAGGACUUUUCACCAAAAGGCGGAAGUAAGUCAUACAUUGUCCAUUCUAUGGUCAACGAGUUCUUCUUCCUCACGGAUCCGGAUCAAUUCAUCACGAAAUGUUUUCCGAAUGAUGAACGCUGGCAAUUAUUGAGGACGCCAUUUACCAAGGAGGCAUUUGAAGCCACGCCGUUUUUACAACCAUCAUUCUACGAACUCGGCCUGAAAUUGACCAGUCAUAAGAAAUGUGUUGUCCAAUCACGUUACGGAAAAGUGAAAAUCGCGAUCGAAAUGCCUGAAGAUUGCUACGAAAGACUCCAGUUUGCUUACAAAUUAUAUCGUUCACGAGAAUGCGAGGAUGAAGGCGAGUAUGAAUAUUUCAAACUGGAACGGUUUGUGCUCCAGUACUGUCAGGGCACGACUGCCUUAACAGAGAUCCGUUUCCCUCCGGUAGCUACUGGAGCGUAUAAACUGGAACUACAUUGUAGGGACCCAAAACAUCGACUGAUCUCGGAGUGGAUUUGUGACUUUAAAGUAAUCUGCACAAACGGAAUGGAGGUUUGCGAGCCUCUUCCAGUUGUACCGUCCAUAGGAUGGGGUGCAGGGCCGGAACUCGAGCGUCACAACAUCGUGGCCCGUACUCACACAGACGGAGUCUAUAAUGUAGACGAGGAUCUAGUCACUGAGGUAUGGUUUGAACACGAUGAUGAAACAGAAAUAUACACAGAGCUUGUCCAUAACUCUUUAUCUAAGAGCGAACUUGCCGAAUGUCUCUCGCAGACCUUUAUAAAUGAAGAUUCAGAAACUGUUGUCCGCAUCAAACCGCCAUCAGAAGGAGAAUAUGCUCUCCAGGUGUUCAGCAAGAAGAAAGAUGCUUUAAAUCUAGAGAACGUGUACAACGUCCUCCUUCAACGGACUCAAGUCGUGGAGAACGCCAGUAUGGCGGAGCUUCGCGAGCAGUUACGAAUGGCCACAACAGAAGGCGAUACUCGGGGAAUGGCUUCACUUUUGGACGAGUGUUCUAAACGAGGUUUGGAGGACAAAGGCGACUUCACGAAGGCUAAGCGAAAAUUCCUCCUUAACCGCCUCAAUAACGAAUUAAAGGAGGCCAUGGAGUCUAAAGAUCUUGAGAAAUUAGACACUGCCAUGCAUAACCUGAGCGAGACGUCCCUCAAGAAAGAACUAGGGUCACUCUUGGAAGACGCCGAGGUUAUGCGUAUCCGGCUUCGGAAAUUGAAAAGAUUGCGGAAGGCCGUUUUAGAAAUGGACGCCAAGAGCAUCUCCGAAAUCCGGAGUUAUCCGAAACCUCCUGCUGCCGUACACGCGGUGAUGGCAGCGACGUUUCUUUUGCUUGGCAGCAAAGAGGCAGAUUUACGGAAAUGGCCAAAAGUCCAGGGGUUGAUUUCCAAGAAAGGAAAAGACGGACUAAAACGCCGAGUGGCGGCGUUUCAAAUAAAGAAGCUCCGACCGGCCAUUGUGAUCCGAGCCAAAGAAAUCAUCAGCAAGUACGACAUGGAGACAGUCCAGAUCGCCAGUGCAGGGGCUGCCACUUUCUACCAGUGGGCCACAACCACCAUCCACGACUAUGAGACCUGA